AUGAAAUAUAUUCGUAAUUACAGGAAAUCGUUUCAAUUAGUUAUAUUCUGUAGACAAGCAUCUUAUUCCUCCGUUUCAGUUGUUCGAAAUCAAAAUGAGAUAUUUGAUAAUGAACUUGCAAGACAAACCAGUGAUAUUGGAAGAAUUGAGAAGAUAACUGUUAAUGUACAUGAAAAAAUUAAAAAUGAGACAUUUUCUAUGAACAAACACUUAUCUACACCUUUUAAUGUUGCUCAGCACAUUUCAAAAUGGAUGGUAGAGAAAUCUGCCCUAGCCUUGGUCGAUAAUUCAAAGGUCUGGGAUAUGCAUAAACCCCUCGAAGAUGACUGUUCUUUAAGAUUUCUCAGUUUUACUGAUGAGGAUCCACAUCACGUGAACAAAGCAUUUUGGAGAACAUGUUCAUUUGUAUUAGGAGCUGUAAUUCAAAAUGCUUUUAAUGAUAGUAUCAAAGUGUUAUUGCAUAGUUUUCCCUCGCCUCAAAUUACAAGUGGAAGUUUUGUUCAUGAUGCCAUGGUAUCACUUGAUGACUGGAAGCCAUCUAGUGAUGAACUUCGGUGUCUUUCAGCAGAUAUGCUAAAACUGAGCCUUAAAGAAUUACCAAUAGAAAGGCUUACUGUUAAAGAGCAACUUGCUCAAGAAAUAUUUGCUGAAAAUAAAUUUAAACUUCAGCAAAUACCGGAUAUUUCAAAAAAUUCAGGUGGAAAGGUGACACUUUAUAGAGUUGGUUCUCACAUUGACAUCAGCAAAGGCCCAAUGAUUAGUAAUACAUCUCUAAUAGGACGCUGUUCUGUAACAUCAGUACAUUCUAUCGAAACUGAUAAUGGAAAGUUGUACCGAUUUCAAGGCAUAGCCCUACCUAAAGGAUUAUUGCUGAAUCACUUUGCUUAUAAAAUAUUAGAAGACCGUUCAACCAAAUUAAAUACUAAAGAUUAUGGUUCGACAAAGAAACAGGCAAUGGUGUAG